AUGGCAACAUUAUACACAGCAGAAACAGGUAAUGGAAGAAAACCAUUGAUUUUGGUUAAGCUACUUAAUGCACCCAUCAAAAUCCAUCUUUUCGAGUGGCCAUCAAAGGAAAUCAAAAGUGAACAGUAUUUGAAGUUGAAUCCCAAUGGAUUGGUGCCAACUUUUGUCGAUGGAGAAGUGGGAAGCAUUUUUGAAAGUAAUGCCAUUUUGGAAUACAUUGCUGCAAAAUAUGAUAAAGAAGGUAAAUUCAGUUACAAAGAGCAUGAAGACCUUAAAUUGUACUGGCACCAAAAAGAAUGGCUAUACUUCCAAGCAUCUCAAUUUGCAGCUCAUACUUUGUCCAGAGGUAUUUACUAUAAUCAAAUGAACCCCAAUGACGAAUUUACUAAGGAGAAUGUGUUGCACAACUUCUCUAAGUUGUAUGACGUCAUGGAAGAUCAAUUGGCCAAAAAUGAGUCCGGUUGGUUGAUUGGCGACAAGUUUACCAUCGUCGAUAUUGCUUUUGCAACUGGUAAUCAUAGACGUAUUGAAGUGUUCGCAGGUACUGAUUAUGAAAUCAGUGAUUUUGAUAAAAAGUAUCCAAAAGUUGUGAAAUGGUAUGAGAAUGUUUUGGCAGUUGAUGGAGUCAAAGAUGUACUUAAGUGA